AGGCGAAAGUGAUGUCACAAAAACGCGACUAGACCGUGGGAUAGCAUAUUUUUUGCUCGGUUCUACGUAGUUUGUAAACAUGCCGCUUUGCUAUCAAAAUUCGAGUAUUUAGCGUUUGCAACAAACAGCCACUAAAUUUAAUUGGAGUAAAUCGUGUGUACAUGACGAAAAGGAACAAUAUUUACUUCAAAAAGAGAACAUAGUGUUGCAAACUGUCAGUGAACCUGAGACUUUCUUGUUGUUUCUAAAUUUUGCCGUUUGUUUUUAUUGGGGUUUAGCCCCCUCGGUUCAGCUCUGUAACUUUCUUACUGUGUUAUUCCUAACGUUAUUGCUAGAUAUGGAGGGCACCUCCAGUGGGAUUUUACAAAAUUCAGCGAAUGUCCCCGCUUUCCUCAUUAAACUUUGGACAUUGGUGGAGGAUCCGGACACAGAUUCGCUCAUCUGCUGGAGUCAGAGUGGGACAACAUUCCACGUGUUUGACCAAGCCAGAUUCUCCAAGGAAGUAUUGCCCAAAUACUUCAAGCAUAAUAACAUGGCCAGUUUUGUCCGACAGCUCAAUAUGUAUGGCUUCCGCAAAGUUGUCCAUAUUGAGCAGGGUGGCCUGUUGAAGCCAGAUAAAGAAGACACAGAAUUUCAGCAUCCUUACUUUAUCAGAGGUCAGGAGUACCUGCUGGAAAACAUCAAACGCAAAGUCACCAAUGUCUCCAAUGUGAAACAUGAGGACGUCAGGCUCGGCCAGGAUGAUAUCAGCAAAUUACUGAGCAGCGCCAAGUCCAUGAAGGGAAAGCAGGAAAGCAUGGAUUCCAAAAUCAUUGCCAUGAAGCAUGAAAAUGAGGCACUGUGGAAAGAGAUAGCCACCCUGAGACAAAAGCAUGCUCAGCAACAGAAAGUUGUCAACAAGGUCAUUCAGUUCUUAAUUUCACUGGCACAGUCCAAAGGACUUCUGGGACUGAAGAGAAAAAUUCCUCUGAUGCUGGGCGACAGCAGCUCAGCCCACUCCCUGCCUAAGUACAGUCGGCAGCUCUCUCUCGAACCCUUGCCAGGUUCUUCUGCCUUCUCUGCUGCCUCCUCACCGCUCACAGGAGAAACCCUCCUCACAUCUGAACCUGUAAAGUCGGGACCAACCAUCUCUGACAUAACUGACCUGGCACAAUUAAGUCCCUCUGAGGCAACCAGUAGGUGGACAGAGGAGAUAAUCCCCCUAGUGAAGGAAGUGGGCCCCGUGGGCGUGGCCAUCGCUGAGGAAAGCCCUUUAUCUCCCUCCACCUUCAUCGACUCCAUACUGCAGGAGAGCAAGCCAGUCCCAGCAAGCCAAUCCCAGCCAAUCCCUGUAAUCCCACCCCCGCCUGAUGACAGCCAAAAUUGUCUCAACAUGGCUUGUCUGGACAAUUCUUCCCAGAUGUCAGAGGUCUGUUGUGUUGUCCCCAGUCCUCCCUCAUCACCCCUUCAUGCCAGAGUGCACCCAUGGAAUGAGCUGAACGAGCAUGUGGAGCAUAUUGACUCUGGUCUGGAUAACCUACAAACAAUCCUGAACAGCCAGGCAAUCAAUUUUGACUCUUCAUCUCUUUUUGAGAUUUUUAGCCCCUCAGACAAAGAAUUCAGCCUUCCAGAUCUGGACACCAGCCUUUCAAGUUUUCAAGACUUGCUCAUGCAGGACCCGGAGGCAGAGAUGGGCGAGUACUCUGGGAAACAGCUGGUUCAAUACACAGCCCAGCCCAUUCUGGAUGACCUGAUCAUCCCUGACUGCACCAGGGAUGAGCCGCCUGUCCUGCUGGAGGAAGAGGCCUUCUGUGGCAAUGCAGAAGAAACAGACCCCAGCACAUCACUCCACUCAAACAGUGGCUAAAAGCUAGACAAAGGCAGACAACCUCUCUUAUUUUUUUUAACAAUUGGAUGUAAAACUGUUUUUCUACUCAUUUUUUGUUAUUUGCUAGACACCUCUCAUUACAUUUUUAUAUCUUCGAAGCAAUAUUUAUCUCUGGGGGUAGCUUGCAUCUACAUUCAUUUAUUCUGUGAAAUUAGUUUGAUCUCUGUUAAGGAUUUUGGUUCACCACCAACCAAAAUACAGUGUCUUCGGAAAGUAUUCAGACCCCUUCACUUUUUCCACAUUUUGUUACGUUACCGCCGUAGGUGUAGAUUUCGGGGGGGACGCAGGGGAUACGUCCCCCUCAAUAUUUAACACGUGCAUUUGUCCCCCUCAAUAAAAACAUGAAAGAAGCAUUUCCACCAUAAAUUGAUGCAGAAAAGGCACAAAUUCACCCGAAUGCAGGAAAUUAAGUGUUUGACGCUCAAAAUUUCCUGGGGGAGGACCCCCCAGACCCCCAGCUUAAUGUGUCCGCCCCCCAAUGUUCAAACGAAACCUACACCACUGGUUACCACCUUAUUCUAAAAUUGAUUCAGUUCAUUUUUAUUCUCAUCAAUCUGCACACAAUACUCCAUAAUGACUAAGUGAAAACAGGUUUUUAGAAAUUUUUGCAAAUUUAUAAAAAAAUUUAAAAAAAAAAUUAAAAAUAAAAAACUGAAAUAUCUGAAUAAUUUCCGAUGGCACUGUAAACACAUGAUAUAAUUUUGACGUUUUUUUUUUUAAUUGGCUUCCAUUUUUGUGCUGCAGUAGUCUGUGGCUUAGUUAUGUGAGUGCUGGGUUUGCAGUCAUAAGGAUAUUUUUUCAAGUUACAGGGGAGGUCCAACCAUUCUACCCUCAAACACGCCACAUAACCUAAAUUCCAGUUCCUGUAAAUAUCAACUGUGUUAAUGCAAUUAUGAAAGCCACCCAGAUAUACUGAAGCUUAAAAGAGGACACAGGUAUUUAAAUCCAUACAUGUUACUGGAAUACUGUUCUCAAUACCUUAAAGCUUAAUGGAAAAAGAAAGCUUUGAGAUUUUGUUUUCUCAGACAAUCUGUGAAUGGGUAUAGGUCAGGGAAAAAUACACAUAAUGAUAAGUAAAUGAUGUACGGUGUAUUUUACCAACAUGUUAAAUGUAUGAUUAUAGUGUUAUGGUCACUGCAUUCAGACAGACUUGUAUAUAUUUAAAGUUACCCUACCUGUACCUGAGUGGUAUGGGCAGAACUGCCCACAGAAUUUGGACUUAUCACAUAUCCACGAUGCUUUAAAACAUAAUGGACAAGCAUGCCACAAGUUUGCACUCAGAGCUUUCAUUAGACUCCUCCAUAGCCAACAAAGCCACGUUUCCCCUCAUCAGCUCUUGGGGCAAGAAAGGGUAUUAAAACAAAAGCCUCCAGAAUCACUCAAUCACUUACACCUUAAGCCACAUUACAUUACAGGCAUUUAGCAGACGCUCUUAUCCAGAGCGACUUACACAACUUUUUACAUAGCAUUUACAUUGCAUUUAUACAGCUGGAUAGCCACAUCAUAUAUAUAUAUAUAUAUAUAUAUAUAUAUAUAUAUAUAUAUAUAUAUAUAUAUAUAUAUAUAUAUAAUUUUUUUAAAAUUUUUUAUCAUCUUGUACAUCUUUGCAUGAAAGCAUUGUAUUCCCUUUCAACUUUCGGGACAGCACCUAAAAUCACUGAAUAAAUCAUUCAGAAAAAAGGUUUUAAAUGUCCAUAAUGUAAUUACAUAGAAUUCACUUCCAGUACAUCCAAUACUUGCAUCUUUGUGGUCUAUAAAAAUGCUUUUUAAUCCAAAACAGCUCAGUCUGUAUUCUAGCUGCAAGAAUUUCUCAGCUCGGACGCCAUUCUGAAUUCAAUGCAAUAUGUGUCUGUCUGCUAAGAUGGCACAGAAGCAAUGCCACUGACCUGAGAUCAGUUCCUGCUGGGCAGCUAGUCUUGAUUGUAUGAGCAGUGAUUGGUCUCCUUACAAGCCAUUCAAGCAGUUGGGUGAAUUAGGACUCUAAGCUUUAAAAUGAGACCUGACUGGGGUUUGUAGUGAUCGGUACAUUAGCAUUAGAAUGAUUAGAAUGUUCAGUUGACAACAAUGUAUCACAUAUUUGUGAUUACACUUCAAAGGAUUAAAUUGAAUUUCAAUGGUAGCUGCUAUUUUCAAAAUGGCAUAGUGUUGCCUAUUCACUUUGGCCUGAUUGUUUAUAAACUGGACAAAAGUUAAUUUUCAUUGGGAAAAAUCUUUCCUUAGAAACCCUUGUUGAAUUUGACAGCUUUUUAGAUGAGUACACUAUUUUUUUCUAGUGUUAGAAAACGUUUAAGGUGAAUUGUGUACCAUAAUUUUACCACUAGCUGAUUUGGAUUUUGAGAAAUAAACAGUAGACCAAGUAAUUUAUGAGGUGCUUUUUUCAUGUAAAUUAUGUGUUUACCGUGAAUAAUUCUUCCUAUAUUUGAUAGGUUUUAAUACUUUAGUCCUGAUGGGUCACUUGUGCCCUUCAAAUACUGCCAUCACCAUUGUCUCUCCUGUGUGUUGCCUCAAAGUUAUAAUGCUUUAGUUAAGAGUAGCGCAAACCAGGCAAAAAUGGCCUUUGUAAGUGCUUGGGGUUUUAGCGUAUAAUUUUGUAUCUCGGUUUUGGCACAAUAAGCUCGCUAAUUACAAAUAUAGCAUGGAAAGUAUGACAUGAAUGCAUUUAAAUGCCUGUUUCUUUAAUACCUAAAACAUAAUCAUGCACAGGGUCAAGCAAAUGUAAAGAGGUAAGAGUAAAAUGUUAUAUUUUGUUUGUGUAAUAAAUCAAAUAUUUUUUUGUUUUAGAAUAAUAUAUUUUGUGGUGGAAAGUUUAAUGGUGCCAUACGAGGUAUCAGAUCUAUGUAUGUAAGCAUAUAUUAAUUGGUACUGAAAGACAAUAUUGUGUAUUUGGCAAAUAAUACUUUUCUUAUACAUAAUAUUUUAUUAACAAAAUAUCCCACAUAGUAAGCUGGUCACAAGAUUUUGAUAAUCUCUUUUCUAAAAAUGUGUACCAUUUUUUUGCUGAUUCCCUGUGUUCUGUUGGUUUGAUGUGAUCUGUGCUUUGUAAGGCCCGCCUCAGUUCUUAGGGGGCCACGCACUUUUUUGUUGGUAUUGUUUAGUUUCCCAUGUAGCAAAUGGACGCGGCACCAGAUACAUGCUGGACGUUGCGCAGGGUCUGCCCCAUUGUCCUUUUGCACAGCUGGCCAAAAGCGGCACGGGUCUUUUCUGGGAUCUGGUGCGUGGGCCAGCAACAGCUCUGCUCCACUUUAAAACUGUAAUUUUUUCAUAUUAAAAAGACCUAUAUUUGA